AUGGAGAAACUUGCUCUCGCCCUCAUCAAUGCAGCCAGAAAGUUACGUCCGUACUUCCAAUCGCAUCAGGUGAUAGUUCUCACCAACUAUCCCCUUAAACAAAUAUUGAGAAGUCCCGAGACUUCCGGACGAUUAGCUAAAUGGGCUAUAGAGCUAAGUGAAUAUGGGGUUGAAUUCAAACCAUGCCCAGCCAUCAAAGCUCAAAUCCUGGCAGACUUUGUAGUAGAGAUGACUACAUCGGAGGAGAGCACCUCCAUACCCAUUUGGACCGUCAAUGUCGAUGGAUCCUCUACCGCUACAGGAGGAGGCGCAUGUAUUGUAUUAACAAGCCCAGAUGGUGAUGAAUUCGAGUAUGCUCAACGAUUUGAUUUCAAAGCCUCUAAUAACGAAGCCGAAUAUGAAGCUUUGAUCGCUGGUAUCCGCCUUGCUUUAGCAGCUGGAGCUCGGAAACUCAUAAUACAUAGCGACUCCCAGUUAGUGGUCAACCAAGUCCUUGGGACCUAUGAGGCCAAAGAAGAAUCCAUGGCAAAGUAUCUUGCUCUUGCACUUACCCUCCUCUCAGAAUUGGAUAGCUGUGAGAUAAAGCAAGUACCACGAGCCAAUAAUAUUGAUGCAGACAAGUUGGCUAGACUUGGUAGUUCCAUGGCAAGCAUUGGAAGCCGGAAAAUCACCCUCCUCACGGCUUCCCAACCAGAAAUAGUCUCCACCGACGGAGUGAAUUGCGCUGUAGAGAACGAACCCUGUUGGAUCACCCCCAUUACAAACUAUCUCAAAAGCGGGGAACUUUCGACUGACAUCGCCCAAGCGAAGAAAAUAAAGAUAAGAGCGGCUCGUUUCCUAAUGGUAGAUGAAGAUCUCUACAAGCGAGGGUUCUCCUUCCCCUAUCUUAAAUGCCUUAACCCAUCAGCAGCAGACUAUGUGCUUCGGGAAGUACAUGAAGACAUCUGUGGUAAUCAUUUAAGUGGAAGAAACUUAGCUCUCAAAAUAUUGAGACAAGGUUACUAUUGGCCCACCAUGCAUGAAGAUGCGAAAAGACUAGUGCAGAGAUGCAAGCCUUGCCAAGAACAUGCUAACAUCCAUCAUCUCCUAGCAGCACUGAUGCAACCGAUUGACAGUCCCAUACCUUUCGCUCAAUGGGGAGUUGUGUUAAGAACUCAGCUCCCUUUUCCCAAAAUCAGAUAUUCUUCCCCAAUUGAUGAUGAAUUACAGAGAAUAUAUUUCUCUACUUAA